ACUGGAAAGUCCGCACCUGGUGCUCCUUCGGUCGGAUUGCAUUGGGACUCUAACAACAUGCUUGCCGGCCAUUUGUGUCGGAUUGAUCCGACUUACGCCGCUCUGUUCUCAGAUUGGUGCACGGACCGUUCAAAUAUACGCACCUGUUCCAUUCCGAUUGAUCAACCUAUCCGAUUAUCUCGGCAAAACGAUCCUAGCGGUACUUGCACAUCCGCCCCUCAUAUUGAUUCUUCCACUGGUCCGAUAUCAAGCCCGCACGGAGGAAGUUCCGCACCGCGAGCUUUGGAUCUGCUCGAACGUGUACUCAUCUAUCUGAACAAUAGUCGGAAUGUCCUACCCAUGCCCAUCGGCGCCUGUCUCUUAGGUGUGACCGGUUUGAGCGAAGAAAUGUUGAUCCCAUUCUUAUUGGCUGUUCGGCUUGGUGUCGACCCGUCCCUCCUGCCGUCAAGUGCUCCAGGUGGUACUUCACAGUCUCAUGGUCGAUCGGCCACUGGUGAUCCCAUGCUGCUGACGAUGAUUCUCGGUUCGCAUACUACAGAUGGUUCCUCGGUCGUUAGCGAUCCGGAGGCCUCAAGUGCGCCAAAUAAGCGCAGUAUGAGUCCCGAAUGUAACUUACAAACAACGCUUUCUUCACCAAAGUUCUCUUCUGAAAACCAGGGGAUUGUUCCUUCCUCGGUUACCUAUUGUCUAACUCCGAUCGGACCGUCUGUGGAGCACAUGCAGCGCCUUUCAUUUUCCAUGUUGGUUGACGUACGGUGA